AUGCGAAACAGCUCCUGCUCCAGGGCCUGGUCGUCGCCGGCGCUGUGGCACUGGGCACACUCGUGCCCAAACUGCUCGGGGACGGCGGAUCGAAGCGGGAACAGUCGCCACCAAAAGAUCGUAGCGCGCCACGAGGCGGCAUUGCUGCGGCGGACGUACGAGUCGAUGCACGCCGAGUUCGCCAGCAGCGGCCUCGACAUCCCCGCGAUCGAGAGGAGUCAGCCGAACUUCCACAGCGGAACGGACGCAGGAAGCAACGACCCUCGCGAGGUCCCCACGCGGUGGCCGGCGAAGUACGAGCGCAUGUCGCCGCCGUACCCGCCGAAUGCCGUUCGCCUCGUCGUCGCCCCCAUCCAGCCGAACAAUGCAGCCAUGGCGAGCAUCCUGGCCAACGCAACGGCGCAGGUGCUGCGGGCGCUGCCGCCGAGCACGCCGCUGUACAUCAACCCGACGAGCAAGCUCCACGUCACGGCGUUCUUCAUGUCCGAGCCCCAUGACACGCGGCCGGACCCGCUGCAGCCGGGGGGGGGUUGUGCGCUCUCGCUUCCGGUGCGGCAGAGGCCCGCGCCCACGGAGGACGCGGUGGCCCGCGAGGUCGCGGUGGUGCGCCACCUCGCUGCGGACACGCCCGCGACGCGGCUCAGGCUGGAGCGGAUCGUCCUAGCGCGGUCCGGGUGCCUGCUUGCGACGUGGACGGAGGUGGCGGAGGGCCUGCCGCUGGCGCAGUUCAAGGCGGCCUGCCGCGAGGCCUUCGCCGGGGCGCCGCCGCGGUCUCCGAGGAUCUACCACUCGACGCUCGUGCGCCUGCUGACGUCGAGGCAGUUUUCGGAGGCCGAGAGGAAGCGGGUCGUGGACGUUUGCGAGUCGCUGACGGAGAAAUUGCGCGGUCGGGAGAUUGACGUGGGUCUGCUCUGGCUGUGCAUCGAGCAGGAGUGGAGCAACCUCGAGGGGCCGACGCGGGUGAUUAAAAUGCAGGUGUAG